GUCAGCCGGUUGGAAUAACACCUCUCUUCACUCUCGCUGGGGAAGUCCACACAACACUGUAUUUCUACACUACGUCUGUGACUACAGCACUCACCCACUCUCUGCUCAGUGAGGACAGCACGGCUGGGAAGCCUCAGAAGGUGGGCUGGUCUGGGUGUCUCCUCAGCAGUCAUGGGGAGGUCAGGAGCGCUCUGGGUUUGGUCAUUUGGGACGAACAUGCAGUUGUUACUUCCCCUCGUCCUCUGCGUCACCUGCAUCCAUGGUCUUUUUCCACCACAGCCACGGGUCUUCCUGUCAUUUCAAGAAUUACAGAAAACCCAGUCCUUUGAGCACUACACUUUGUCUGAGAAGGCCAUGGACUAUAGGAUCCUCUUCAUGGACGAGGAUCAGGACCGUAUGUACGUGGGCUGCAAAGACCAUGUACUCUCGAUGGACAUCAACAACAUCAGCCAGACCCUGCUGAAGAUCUUCUGGCCGGCAUCCACUAGCAAGGUCGAGGAGUGUCAGAUGGCUGGCAAAGACCCCACACAUGGAUGUGGAAACUUCUUACGAGUGAUCCAGCCUUAUAACAGGACUCAUCUGUUCAUCUGCGGCAGUGGAGCCUACAGCCCAGUGUGUGCAUAUGUUAACCGUGGCAGGCGUCCUGAGGAGCAAGUCUUCCAAAUCUCUUCCCGAGCAGAAUCAGGGAAAGGAAGAUGCUCGUUUAACCCACAAGUCAACACCGUCUCAGUCAUGCUCAAUCAGGAGCUGUUCUCUGGCAUGUACAUUGACUUCAUGGGGACAGACGCAGCAAUCUUCAGGAGCCUUACCACAAGGAAUGCAGUGAGGACGGACCAACAUAACUCCAAAUGGCUGAGCGAGCCAGUGUUCAUCGAUGCACACUUGAUUCCUGAUGGCUCAGACCCAAACGACGCCAAACUUUACUUCUUCAUGCGUGAGAGACUGACAGACAGUAGUGGAAACACUAAGAACAUCCAUGCUAUGGUGGCUCGAGUCUGCCCUAAUGACACUGGUGGUCAACGCAGUCUGGUGAACAAGUGGACCACAUUUCUGAAGGCUCGGCUGGUAUGUUCGGUUCUAGAGGAGGACGGUACAGAGACCCACUUUGAUGAGCUCGAGAAUGUGUUUUUAUUGGAGACGGACCACCCAAAGGGCCUUCUCAUCUUUGGAGUUUUCACCUCUACAAGUUCUGUGUUCAGAGGUUCUGCGGUCUGUGUGUACAACAUGGCCGACAUCCUGACGGUCUUCAACGGACCGUUUGCGCACAGGGAAGGACCCAACUUCCAGUGGGUGGCUUUCCAGGGCCGGAUCCCAUACCCACGACCGGGAACUUGUCCUGGUGGGUUCACUCCUCAUAUCCAGAGUACUAAAGAGUUUCCAGAUGAUGUGGUGACGUUCGUGAGGAAUCACCCCGUCAUGUUUAACCCCAUCUACCCGGUCGGCAGGAAACCUCUGGUGGUGCGGACACAUGCCGAUUAUAAAUACACCUCUAUAGCUGUGGACCAGGUGACCGCUGCGGACGGACACUACCAGGUUCUUUUCCUGGGCACAGAUAAAGGCACGGUACAGAAGGUCGUGGUUCUGCCGUCAAACGGCUCUCUGGAUGAGGAUCUAAUCCUGGAGGAGCUGGAAGUGUUUAAGAAGCAAUCUCCUAUCACCAACAUAAGAAUCUCAUCUAAAAAGCAACAGCUGUAUGUUAGCUCCGAGCACGGAGUUUCCCAGGUGUCUUUGCACCGCUGCAUGGCAUACGGCUCUGCCUGUGCAGACUGCUGCUUAGCGCGGGACCCGUACUGCGCCUGGGAUGGGCUCAGCUGUUCUCGAUUCUACCCUACUGGCAAGAGGAGAAGCAGAAGGCAGGAUAUUAUGCAUGGGAAUCCACUGACUCAGUGCAGAGGGUUCAAUCUGAAAGCCUACAGGAAUGCAGUGGAGAUGACUCAGUAUGGAGUCAAAAACAACACCACUUUCCUGGAGUGUCAGCCCAAAUCUCCACAGGCCUCAGUUAAAUGGCUCAUUCAGAGAGACAACGAUCGCAGGAAAGAGGUGAAGCUGAGCGAUCGUGUGGUGUCCACCAAUCACGGUUUGCUCAUCCGUUCAGUGCAUUCUUCAGAUCAGGGUGUGUAUUACUGCCUGGCCACAGAGAAUGGCUUCAAGCGCACACUUGCUAAAAUCCGUCUCCAGAUUCUGAGCGAAGCUCUGGUCAGCGCUCUGAGCAAUAAAAAUUCUCCCUGGGGCUGGGCAGCCUCAUUGCACCCUAAAGCUCUGGUGUCGGCCUUCAGCCCGGCUGAGAUGUUGGCCAUGCACCAAUACUGCAAGGAACGCAAACAGAUGCAGAGUCUGCAGAACAUACAGAGCCCCAUGAGAGGUGAUCUGGGCAAACUCAAACCCUUGCUGGACCACAGGAAGAGCAGGAACCGCCGGAACCACUUACAAGACGAAUAGAGUCGAAACAUGAACAAAGGAAAUGGAUGGAGAGAUGGCGAAAAGGAAUAAAGACAUGCAUCAGGAGAGAGGAAAAUAAAGUGGAAAAUAAAGGAGGAGAACGCUGGAGAAGAUUGCUCUGUUAUGAACCUCAGUUGUGGUUCUUCUUCAAGCUCAAAGCAUCUCAGGUGCUUCCUGUACAGCAGUCUUAUAUACAUGAAUGCCCAGAGCAGAGGACUCUGAGACAUCCUCACACACAGGCACUCAAGCCAAUUUGUGUUUCAAGCAGCAUAAUACAAAAUGCCAUAUGUCAUACGAUAGUAUUGUUAUCAUUUUAUGUGAAUGUGGCAUUUCAGAACAAACCAUGUAGUAAUACGAAGUCCUUUAAGACCCAAUGAAAUGGCUUGAUGAAGACAGUUUUUUUUUUUCCUGUGUUGAUGUAUUUCCUAUUGAAACAGGGGCGGGACAUAUGGAGGGACUCUUCCCUUUUUAACAGCCGUUAGUUUACAUUACAGCCAUGAACAUUUAUUUCUGCUUGCUAAUGCUAGUGAAGUAUUACUAAAUGGUACAGUAUAAUUCUUCAACAGACAAAAAAUUUUAGUCAUCAAUAUUUUGGUUUGUUUACUGAAAGAGAAAGGCUGUAAAUUGCAAAUGUACAUAUCUGCUAAAGGUCUGUCAAAUUUUAGGACUACAUAUGCAUCAGCCUUAGCCUCAAAGCUAACAGACAUGGACGAAAAACCCACAGAAAUUGUUUUGUUUUCUAGUACGUAUCGGAUAAAUUCUUAUUAGAUAUGGAUCUUGAGAGUAUUCUGUUAACUUAUAGAUGUAAAGUUUAAUUAGCUUCUAAACUAUUGAUUACUUAUACGUUUUCUUUAAUGUCCCUGCAGAACAUUGUGAUUAGAAGUAUAUUCAAGCAAUCCAAGUUUGAUAUACAUGACAUGUUUAGGGGAAGAAAUUUAGGAAAAUUUCUAUAAAAUGGAACAAAUUUGUCCAUUCUACCAUCUACAACUCUUCAUUACCCCUGACUGAACUACAAGGUUACAUUAAAUAUUAGGGAUGCCCGAUAUUAUUGUACCAAUUUUGGAAUCGGCCGAUAAUGGCUUUAAAUGUAAAUAUCGGCAUCUGCCCGAUAUGAAAAAUUGUGCCGAUAUGUCUUGCCGAUAAGACGAAUAUAUUAACUCACAUGUGUUCAGGGUGUGCUAUCGAUUAGAUCACGUCAGCAUUGUGGCUCAUUCUUGAAGCAAAGUUUUGCCUGAAUGAUGAUUGGAUUCACUGUUUUGGAUCUCCGCAUUUAAACUGAGAAUGCACAUAAAGAAUGAGGUGUUCUGUGUGUGAUAGAGUAAACAGUCAGUAAUAGCACGUGCAGCGGCAGCCUCCCCCGGUCCUAAUGACCGCUCAGUAAGGAGUUUUAAUUCCGUAGGGGGCGCUGUUGGCCUACUUUUAAUAAAAUGAAAGCAAAAUACACAAAUAAUAUUUAGACUGCUUUUUUUCUGAUUAAAUAAAGCAGUAAUUGAUGCCAUAAAAAUCAUGAGUAUGUUUUGAUUUAAAGGUCAGAAGCUGUAGCUUACAUGAACCACAAAAAAAUCUCAAACAUGACACUUAAAUUAAAUAAUUUUAUAUAUACUGAUUUAUUCAUUAAUGUGUAAUAUGUUAUAUUUUUUAAACAAAUUAUGAGCUCUACACUGUAAGAAAAAAAAAAUUGAGCCAACUUAAAAUUUUAAGUCAAUCGGCUUCAGCAGAUUUUUGAGUUUUCUCAACUUGUCGUUUUAAGUUUAUACAACAAAAAUUUGAGAAUCUCCCACAAAAAUAAGUUGAGCAAACUCAAAAAUCUGCUGAAGCUGGUUGCCUUAAAAUUUUAAGUUGGCUCAAUUUUUUUUUUUUUUUUACAGUGUAAAAGAUUUUCAGAAUUUUUACAACUCUUUUGCUUUAGACCAUUUACAAAUGUUAAAUCAUAAAAUAAAAUGUUAAGGUUACCACUGCAUCUUUCUGAUAAAAAAAUGCAGUGAUUAAUAUAUAGUUUAUUUAGAGUUAUUUUCAAAUCUUCAAUGUACUGUCAUUAUAAAAUAACUUUAUUAUAGUUUAUUUAAUUCUAAUAAACAAGUUCUUGUCAAAAACUAACCAAAAUUAAAAAUAAUUAUAUAUCGGCAUAUCGGAUAUCGGCAAAAAUCCAAUAUUGUGCAUCCCUAUUAAAUAUUAAUAGUAGUCUUUUAAAGUCAAUCAAUGGCCUCCCUACAUUGAGAUGAUCAUUUUUGGAUUAGAGCUCAUCUUCAGCUUGUAAAAGCUUGUUUUCUAGCAAAUGAAUUGUUUAUGGUCACUGAACAGAUCAUGAGAAUAUUUCUUGGAGAUAAAAUCAUGACGCAUAAACCAAAGUACAUCUUCCCAGCUGCACCACAGAUGUUCAUAUGGGAAGUGAGAGGGAGAGAAGAUGGUUUGGAGACAUAUCAAACUGUACCAGACAGGUGGCUCUCUAAGCCCAUAAUACUAUAAAAAGUGUUGUGUUUUUGCCAAGUGUUGUGCUUUGGGAAACAUCAUUAAUCCAAAACACAUAAUUUCUUCCUUAGAAAAAUGACUGGUUCGUCAUCAUUUACUCACCCUCAUGACCUUCCAAACAUGUCGGACUUAUAUAUACUAUAUGAAUAUAGUGCACAUGUCGUAUGGACCACUUUUAUGAAACGUUUUUGUCCUUUAAGAAGCUUGACAGUCAGUGGUCAUGUUUUCAGUUUUCAGUAUAUGGAAAAGAGCAGCAUGAUCAUUCUGCAAAAUAUCUCCUUUUGUAUUCCUGAAAGAAAGAAAGAAUGAUAUGAGGGUAAAUUUUCACGGGUGAACUCUUAGAUUAAAAUGUUGAAUGUAUGUGCACGUUUUCUCCUUUUCCUAACAUGGUAUCCACAUUAUUUUUCAACACAGAAGUUAGCUGUUUUCUGUGAAUGUGUGAGACUUCUGAUUCAUAAGCCUAAUUGGAAAAUAACCAUAAAAACAACAAAAAUGCAGUAAACAGUAAAACUAUUUGCGCUACAAACUAGCAUGUUUAUAAUUACAACAUUACAUUAAAAUAUUAUGAUAAUAAAUGCCAGUUUUUAAUAUGAAGCAGCAAAGUGGACAGCUGAAAGCAUAUGACAAUGGAAGCCAUGCACAUUCAAGUUACAAAUGGCUACAUCCGAUCUUACGUUAAAAAUAAGGUGAAUACUGAACCAGAAUGAAAUCAGUUUAAAGUUAAAGUAUUUUGUAAAGUAGAUUUACUUUAGCCCCAGAAAUACCAGUGUUUAAAUCACACAAGGAUAGGCCCAAAAAGGCAUGUGAUCAUGCAUAUGGUAUCAUUAUUAUACAGGCACAUGUUUGAUGUUGGAAAUGAAUGUCAUGUUAAUGUUUUGUGGUUUGCUCAGUGUGCACAGCUGUAAUGUGAUUGUCACUCAUUUUAGAUGAUGUAUAGCAUUGUACAGCCUCCAAUUUUGGAUUACUCGAUGUCUGUGUAACUUAUCUCUUUUUGUAUUUUGAGUAUUUGUAAAUAGUGAAAAGUUCAACUCUAAAAACAAAUGAGAAAUUCAGUCACACUUCAAUUUUGCAAUAGAUUUCUCUAUGGCUAUUAGAAUAAUUUCAUUCACAUUUGUCACAUUUGUGGGGUUUUUUCUCUCUCUCUCUCUCUGAAAUGCCCGAUUUGAAUUUUGUUUAAUGCCAAAUUUCAGAUGUUUUUGACUGAAUCUGCAUUUUGCAGACGUUUCAUGGUUUUUAUUUCCUAUGGCAUUUUGUGCCCUCUUCAAAGGGCAUUUGGAGUAACAAUAUGUUUUAAUAUAAUAGGCCACUAUAGCGAACAUGCUGUAUUCCUUGUGAAUGUUAAUGAUAAUUUUAUUUUAUUAAAUGUCUUGAUUUGUGUAUUCCUAUUUAUUAAUGAUAUAAGCCUGAACAACUGCAUUAAACAACUUUAAUCUGU